AAAACUCGCGAGUAUGAAAAUAAUAAGUGGAAGUUUGAGCGUUAUAAAGUCGCAGUGUCACUAAAAUUUAUAAAAAAAAUAAUUUUUAAAAAAAUCAAAAAAUUCUAGAAAAAGUCAAAAAAUAUGAAUUUGAAAAUUUUUCUAAUAUUUUGUGUAUGUGUUUAUAAAAUCACAGCUGAACAUGCGACAUGCAGCUUUAGUAUGAAGAAAGUUUACAUUCAAUUCACAAUGUCUGACAAAUACUCUUGUAAAUUAUCAUUCGAUAGUGACAGCAGCUCAGAAAGUGUGCAUGAAUUCGCUGGAAAUCACGAAACUUCAAAAGGCGACGGCAAUGUUGAAGUUCUUCAAACAGAUUCAGAUUCAAAUUUAAGAAAGUUUUCCUCAGCAUUUUGUAGAAAGUUUGAAAAUCUGCAACUUAUCGACCUUAAAAAUGUCAAAAUCAACUCAAUUAGCGAAGAAUCGCUUCAAAAAUGCACAAAUUUAAAAAUUCUUUAUUUAAAUUCCGUCGGAAUUUCUGAAAUUCCUGAAAAUUUAAUGACUUCAAAUACAGAAUUGAUUGAAAUUGAGAUAACAUCAAAUAACAUCGAGUCACUUCCAGCAGAUAUGUUCGAGGCACAGAAAAAGUUGACAAAACUUAAUUUACAAAAUAAUAAAAUUCGAAAUUUUCCCAGCGAAAUUUUUAAUCCUUUAAAAAAUCUCGGAUUUCUGAAUUUAAAUAACAAUCAAAUUGAAGUUCUCGAUUCAGAAUUAUUUAAAAAAUUAAUAAAAUUACAAAAAUUGUCCUUAAAUUCAAAUUACAUUGCUGACCUUCCCAGCGGCAUUUUUUCAAACCUCAUCAAACUUCAAAUCCUCGAAUUGAACUCAAAUCAGCUUUCCGUCAUCAAUUCCAACUCCUUCGGCAUUCAUCAUCAGUUGUCUUACAUUGAUUUCAGCAACAACAAGGUAGCAGCUGUAGAUCCUGAAUUCUUCAAUAAAGGUCCAAUUAAUACCUUAAAAAUGGAUGGCAAUGAAUGUUUAGAUGACACCAUAAAUGGUCGACAAGAUGAGGAUCUUCAGACAUGUUAUGAUAGCUUUAGUGCUGAUACUUUAGUUAAGACAUUAACUACUCCAAAGACAACAAGGUCAACCACAACAAGGUCAACCACAACAAGAUCAACAACAAGUCGACCAACCAGAAUAAGAACUAAAGCCACAACCGAGACAGCAACCGUGUUCCCAAAUAAGCCAGAAAAACUCGUGAUUCCAUUCAAAACUUAUCCAGUUGAAAGCCAUCCAUGGAUUGCAGCUUUUAUAUUAGAAAAUUCAGACUAUCAAUGUGGAGGGGUCGUAGUCACUGAUUCAAGAAUUGUUACAGCCGGCUCCUGCAUGUAUUCAAAGACCGAUAAAACAAAACUUUUAUACCGCGACUUGAAAAUUGUUUUAGGAUCUCGAAACAUAUUCGAACAAUUUGAAGCGGGCAAACGAAGCUUAGCUGUUCAACUUUAUUGCAUUCAUCCUGAUUUUCAUAUCGAUUCUCCAUUAAGCAAAGCCAAUGUUGCGGUAGUGUUCACGGAAAAGCCUUUAGAAAUCACCAAAAGAAUCAAACCAAUAGGAUUGAAUAUAUUGACACCUGAUGUCAUGUCAAUCACUGAUGCUGCAUAUGUUGCUCAUGGCAACAUUAAAAGCUUAAGUUUAAAAUCGAAUGUGAGUGCUGGAUAUCUUCAAGCAUCAAUUUUGGAAAGUCAACGAUGCCAAAAACCAAAAAAUGAUGAGACAUUCUGCAUCAGUGACGAUAAUGAAGAUCCAGCAUGUGUUGAUGUUCUCGGCAGUGGACUUUUUGUGAAUGAAAGCAAUAAAUUUUAUCUUCGUGGAAUUUUGACAUAUGUUUCUGGAUCCUGUGACUUUGACUCUUAUUCGCUAUUUACUGACGUAUCGAGAUACAUAAAUUGGAUCGAGACUGUGCCUGCUGAAGAACAGGACACUGAUUAUAUGUAAAAUAAUUUCAAGGUUAAUGCUAUAAAGGCAUGGGAAAAAACCAAAAGUAAAUAAACAAAACGAAAACAUUAAUUUGACCUUUUUUGUGAGUUCAGAAAUAUUUUAUUAAUAAAUCAUCUGUCGUACAGCUGAACGUGUGAGAUGAGAAUUUGAUAAUUAUGGUGAAAUAAUUUUUUUGAAGUGUCUGAAUUCAAAGGUCGUAGCUAUAAAUAAAGAAAUCAAUUAUUUUUGAAUAUUUCUUUUUAUUUUAGUAGAACUUAAUAUAUUGCUAAGGUUGACUAUAAAUAAAUUUUUCCUAAUAGGUCAGUGCUGCU